AUGAACGACAACGACGUCUGUUUAGCUGAAUUCUAUUUCUAUACUCUUGGUGAUAAGACUGUGUACAACCAACAGCUCAACGAUUUAUUCGUGUGCUAUACACUCUCCCGAGGCCUUCAGAAACCAUGCAAUUCACCGAGGCGGCCGCCACUGCCUCUCGAACUUAUCCUCCGUAUCGUUCGCUUUGCUGGUUUCACAGAUCCCAAGCCGGAUAUGAACUUGACUAUGGAUGCCGUGAUACUUGCGAAGACGAUUGCACACGGGCUCUCUUCGGACUUGUACAUGACUGAGAGGCUUACUCGUGCCCAGCUUGCUUCAAUGGCGCGUCUCCAGCUUAUAGAACUGCCGUGGGACGACAGCGAACCCACCUAUGACUUUCAUGACAUACAUCCCUACACAUGGGCAUUUAUCCCCCUGGGGACCCAAGAUGAGAGAUUUGGAUUCACGGGUAGCCCAAAGGGAAUUGUUGCCGCGCUCUUCCCGUGCCGUAACGGGACGGAAGCGGCGGCCGUUCAAACUCUGAGCGAAGAUGUGGUCAUUGGCGAGACCUUUCCUCUCGAGCAUGUGAUUAGUCAGCAGUUGGAGGAAGGGGAGAUGCCUUGUGUGGUUGUAAUCUCGCGAGAACGUGCGCGGCUAUUGGUUUGGAGGUGGUGGGAGCCUAAGCUCUAG